AUGAGAAUUUCUUACCGGAAAGUCUUUGAGCUGACUUGCUCAGUCAGAAAGCUAGGAAGCGAAAAGGCAAGCACCACACUAACCGAGAAGCCGGAUGGCAGCAGUCGAGUUCUUUCUUGGUUUUCAUUUAGGACGUCAAGAGCACAUGGAAAGUUUGGUCUCUUUAGCCUUUCACUUCCGAAGAAGGGGCUUUUGCCAAGGGGGCAAUGGGAGAAGGUCUCUGCCAGAGUUCAGUGCCACAUUCAAGGAAGGCUCAAAAGGCAAGUAGGCCUUUCAAGGAAUGGGCUAAGGCCUGUGUCGUCAAAGCUGCUAUCUCACGACAGACGAAACCUACUAAGUCUGACGAAUGCCGUUCAUGAGCUGGUAAAGUCGAGAUCAAUCAACUGGGAUCGGAUCGCCACACCCGGUGAAAAAGGAGGCCGGCAACUUCCGUACACAGAUAUAGAUUCAUUCUUCGUACCUGGUCCAACCUCCCGGAAUAGCAGCUCUUUCGAAGAAAGACGCUCCUGUUUCAGUGACAAGAUCAUGAUUAGACUCUUGCGGAGGUGA